AUGAUCAUCCCGAAAUUCAUAACAAUUUGGCUCUUCAUCGCCAUCGCUAGCACAUGGAUCUCCGCUCAAGAGCUCUUUCAAGACGCCGUAUCCACCAACGAGUUGCCUGCCCUCUGCUCGGUACUCUGUCUGCCCCUCAAACUCAUCUUCCCGAGCUGUGAUACGCUCUGCCAGACAUGCGACAAGCCCAAGAUGUUUUGCAAGACUCGGAAGACGGCCGAGUGUGUCGAUACGUCCACUGACGUCAAUAAUUGUGGGAAGUGUGGGAACAAGUGCGGCGAAAAGGAAAGCUGUUGUACUUCGAAGUGCGUCCCCGAGAACAACUUUCAGGCCGAUGUCAACAAUUGUGGCAAAUGCGGCGUCAGGUGUGACGAAGGUCAAGCUUGUUGCGAUUCCAAGUGUAUGAGUACGACGCAGUUGCAGAGUGAUGGCAAAAAUUGCGGAAAGUGCGGUACCAAGGCAAGUCACCCUUGGCACGAAGACCCUUUUUUGGAGUACAAGUAUUGA